AUGGACCCCUCACGGCGCUCUGGCCCCGUCAAGCGUCGCUCUCCGCCCCCUUCGUCGCGCGGCUCGCCCAUGGGCGACCCGACUGUUGUCUCCUCAAGACGAGGUAGAGCGUUCGAGUCUGACUCUGAAGAUGGCGGCGUCCCCACUCCCUCGGCCGGGUACGCGUACUCGACGACGUUGAGGCGGCAGAGCUCGCCGCAUCGCUCGAGGCGAUCGCUCUCCCGCUCCAGGGCUGGAAGUGGAGGCCAUGACAUGGCCAACCCGUACGACGCCGCUGUGCCCAACGGACAAACGUUCACUCCAUGGGAGCCCGAGCCGAGUCUGAUCGACAAGGCGCUCGACGUCGUCCACCGCAUCACCGGCAAGCGCGACCCGGAAGAGCUCCAGGAGGAGGCUCGGGAAAGGCAAGAUCGGAGACAGCGCGAGACCCCAAGUGCGAUCUACGCGCACAAGAGCAUUGAGGAAACUGUCAAGGACUUUGAGACCUCGCCCACCGACGGUCUGUCUUCGUCUGUUGUUCCCGCUCUGCUUGCGCGAUAUGGACCGAAUGAGUUUGAGCUCCCGCCCGAGGAACCGCUCGCGAUCAAGUUUGCCAAGCAGGUCUACGAGAACCCCCUCAUCCUCCUUCUGCUGGGCAGCAGUGUCGUGUCGGCUCUCAUGGGCAACUACGAGGAUGCCGCAUGCGUCGUGAUUGCUGUCUUCAUCGUCCUCACUGUCGGAUUUGUCCAGGAGCAGCGAUCGGAAAAGUCGCUCGAGGCGCUGAACAAGCUUGUCCCGCACUACUGCAACCUGAUCCGCGAUGGCCGCCCGCAUACCCCGCUCGCCAACACGCUUCUGCCCGGAGACCUCGUGACUUUCUCGGUCGGAGACCGUAUCCCCGCCGACAUUCGUCUCAUCAAGGCCGUCCAGCUCGAGAUUGACGAGUCGGCCCUGACUGGCGAGACCCGGCCCGCCCGCAAGAACACGGAGAUGUGCGACCGCGGCGAGGGCGAGGACACGCAUGGCGAGGGCGGCGGCAAGGCGCUCGGCGAGAGGCACUGCAUGGCAUUCAUGGGCACGCUCGACUCGGAGUUUGGCGUCGUCUUCUCCAUGAUGCAGGACGUCGAGGAGAAGCGCACCCCGCUCCAGAUCUCGAUGGACGAGCUCGCGAAGCAGCUCUCGAUUCUGUCCUUCGGCAUCAUCGGCGUGAUCGUGCUCAUCGGCGUGAUCCAGCACCGCUCCUGGCUCGAAAUGUUCACGAUCGGCGUCUCGCUCGCUGUUGCUGCGAUUCCCGAGGGUCUCCCCAUUGUCACGACCGUCACUCUCGCCCUCGGCGUGCUGCGCAUGUCGAAGCGCAAGGCCAUUGUCAAGAAGCUCCCCAGUGUCGAGGCGCUCGGCAGCGUCAGCGUCAUUUGCUCCGACAAGACGGGCACGCUGACCAAGAACGAGAUGACCGUCACGCACAUGUACGCGGUCGACGACCUAGUGGAUCUGAACCCGCAGCUCGCUGCCGCGGCGACGCUCGGCCCGACGCACCCCGACACUGCUGCCUUUUCCCCCUCGCCUGCGGUCGCCAAGACGGCGCUCGUGGCCAACAUCUGCAACAACGCGUUCAAGAACGAGCAGGGCGUCAACGUCGGCAACGCGACCGAGGUCGCGCUCCUCAACGUGCUCCCAAUCCUGCGCCUUGAUGACGAGCGGAAGAACUUUGAGCGCCGCGAGGAGAUCCCCUUCACGUCCGAGUCCAAGACCAUGUUCGUGUACGGCUCCCUUAACGGCGGUGCCGACCUCGUGUACAUGAAGGGAGCGAUUGAGGCUGUGCUCGCGCGCUGCAAGUUCUACUACGUGUCCGACACGAGCACGCCCGCCCUCGACGCUGCGACGAAGGACAAGAUCCUCGACCGCGCCAUGGAAGUCAGCAAGCGGGGCCUGCGUGUCAUUGCGUGUGCGUACGGAUUCGCCAAGGGCCCCCUCGGCGAGGAGGACAACCUGGUCUUCACGGGCUUCGAGGCGAUGAUGGACCCGCCGAGACGCGGCGUCGCGCACGCCAUUACGGCGCUGCACGGUGCGGGCGUCCAGGUCGUCAUGAUCACGGGCGAUGCUGAGCCGACUGCGCUCGCCAUUGCGCGCGAGCUGGGCAUGAAGGUCACUCCGUCGGAUGCCGGGGCCAACUCGAGCUGCAUGCUCGGCUCGCAGGUAGACCAGCUCAGCGAGCGCGAGCUCGUCGAGCGCGUCCCGUCCGUGACGGUGUUUGCGCGCACGACGCCGCGACACAAGAUGGCGAUCGUGAAGGCGUGGCAGAUGCGCGGCGCGAUCGUGGCCAUGACGGGCGACGGCGUGAAUGACGCGCCGGCGCUCAAGAUGGCCGACAUUGGCGUCUCGAUGGGCCGCAGCGGCACCGAUGUGGCCAAGGAGGCGGCGGAUGUGAUCCUCGUCGACGACGACUUUGGCUCCAUCCUCCCCGCGGUCGAGGAGGGCAGGUCGAUCUUCUACAACAUUCAAAACUUCCUCUCGUUCCAGCUCUCGACUGCCGUCGCAGCGCUCUCGCUCAUCACGCUUAGCACCAUGUUCCGGCUCGCGAACCCGCUCAACGCGAUGCAGAUCCUCUUCAUCAACAUUCUCAUGGACGGCCCGCCGGCGCAGGCGCUAGGCGUCGACCCGAGCCGGCGCGAGGUCAUGAACCUCCGCCCGAGACGGAAGGACAGCAGCGUGCUCAGCCGCAACAUCCACUUCCGCGUCCUCUUCUCCGCCGCGUGCAUCAUCCUCGGCACGCUGUUCAUCUACGCGUACGAGAUCAGCGACGGGUCCAUGUCCCGCCGCGACCAGACCAUGACCUUUACGGGCUUUGUGUUCCUCGACUUCGUGUCUGCCAUCCAGAACCGGGGCGUCACGACCCCCCUCGCGCGCAACCGCAUGCUCUUCGUGACGGUCUCGGUGUCCUUUGUGUGCCAGCUCGCACUCAUCUACGUCCCCCUCCUCCAGCACGUGUUCCAGACCGAGGCCCUCGCCUUCAGCGACCUCUUCGCCCUCCUCGCCAUCGCAGGCACGAGCUUUGCCGCCCACGAAGUGCGUAGGUUCUGGGAACGCAAGCAGGCAAAGGAGGAGCAGUUUGAGCAGAGCAACUACAUGAUGGCCUAA